AUGUGGCGAUUGAAGCACAUGAUGGGGUUGGAGGGCCACCAGGGCCCCGGCGGGAACCAGACCGCGGGACCGUUGGAAGGCAAGGCUGUGGAGGUGGGUCGCGUUCAAGUGCAGGUUCGCUCCACCAUCGCGCAAGGCGGCUUCGCCUUCGUCUACCUCGCGCGCUGCGCGCACUCGGGCCGCGCAUACGCGUUAAAGCACAUCGUCUGCGGCGAUCCCGAUACCAUGGAGCAAAUCCAGCGAGAGGUCUCGAUUCUCAUGGCUUUAAGAGGCCACCCCAAUAUAGUCACACUCCACGCUCACGCGCUCUUGGAUUCCGCCGGAUCUGCCGGAUUAGGGUCUGCUGGUGCGGCGGUUGCAGGCGCGGGAGGGAUGGGGCUUGGCGGAGCGGGUAUGGGUGGGUUGGGUGGCGGAGGGAUGGGCGGAAGCGGGAGCGGGGGUGGGCGGAAGGAGGUGUUUCUGCUGAUGGAGCAUUGCGAGCGGACGCUGGUGGAUGUCAUGGCUGCGCGGGGGACGACGCCGUUUGACGAGAAGACGCUGCUGCUCACGUUCCGCGACGUGUGCAACGCCGUGUUCGCCAUGCACUGCCAGCACCCGCCUGUCGCGCACAGGGACCUGAAGGCGGAGAACUUGCUGCAGUGCGCCGACGGGUCGUGGCGGCUGUGCGACUUCGGCAGCGCGAGCACGCGGCACCGGCGCAUCGAGCGCGCGGAGGACAUGGGGAUUGAGGAGGACGUGAUCCGGCGCAACACCACCCCCGCCUACCGCGCCCCCGAGCUGUGGGACCUCUAUCAAAAGGAGAUGCUGAGCGAGAAGGUUGACAUAUGGGCCCUGGGCUGUCUGCUGUACCGCAUGGCCUACUUUCGCUCCGCGUUUGACGGCGAGUCGAAGCUGCAGGUGCUGAACGGGCGCUACAGCAUCCCCGACGCGCCGCGCUACUCCCCCGCCGUGCCCGCGCUCAUCCGCGACCUCCUCGCCAUGCAGCCGCACCUCCGCCCCGACGUGCUUCAGGUGGGUUGGGGGGUGGAGUGGGGGGGAGGAGGGGGGCGCGUGGGGGAGGGUGGGGAUGAGUGGAGGCCAGUGGGGGGGGUGGGACCUGAUGGGGACAAGUGUGGACGAGUGGGUGAGCAACGCAAGGCACCGGGGCCUUCCAAGUCAACAUCAUCACAACCAUACUUAUCAACAGCAGCAGCAGCAGCAGCAGCAUCCCCACAACCAUCGCCGCCGCGGUCGCGAGUGGCGCCAGGAGCAGAGGAGGUGGAGCGGCUGCGAGGGGAGCUGCAUCGGGUGGUGCUGGAGCGGGAUGAGCUGCGAGUGACGUGCAACAAGCUCACUCUCGUGGUGCAGACCCAGCAGGCAGACAUCGCUGCUCUGCAGGCCGCACUGACCCAGCAGCAGCAGCCGCAGCAGCAGGGUGGAACCAGCAGGGGCAGUAGUGCUGAUGUGCAAGGCGCGAGUGCCGCUCGCCGCGCUAAUGGUGGUGCAGGGGCUGAGAAGAAUGAGGCGGUAAGCGGCACUGGCGGUUCUAGAAGCCAGACGGGUGAGAGGCUCAGGAGUGGAGAAACAGGGGGCAUUAGGCAGGGGAGGAGCGAGGAGGAGAUUGAGAUACAGCUGCGAAAGAGGGAGCAGGAGGGGGACAGGGUGGGGGAAGAGCAAGGGGAGGCGGAGCAGGUGAUCAAUCUACGGUUUGAGGACAUAGGCAGCCCUGUGCCUGUCUCUGAUGAGUCUCUCAAGCGAGAUGGAUCCCACAAAGAUUCUGGAGGGUCCUAUUCUGGAGCGUCUGCUAGUUUUAACAGCAGUGGUGGUAGAGGCAGUGUGAACAGACCACGUUCGCCUCUCCCCCACCAACAGAUGGAAGGUUCUAACAAUGCUCCGGGCAGUGCUCCGGGAAGUGCUCCGGGCAGUUGGAAAAAAUCGGGUGUAGCUGGUUUUGGUGGUGCUGGUGGUGCCUUUUCUGCUUCUGGUUUCGAGUCCUCCCAACCCCAGCAGCAGCAGCAGUUCGCAUCUGCUGCCUCCACAGCACAGGGCUUCAAUCAGCCCUCUGGCUGGGCUGCAUUUUAG